AUGAUCCUCGGAAAUGGUGUUCCUGAUGCCCCAGCCCCUCCACCACCCCGUGCACUAGCCCUCGACUCAAGGCCUGUGCUAGAUCCUAGGGAUUUCCAGAAUAAAUGGAGCCAACUAGCAUUAUCUGUUUCUCAGGAAUGCUCUUUAACUCCACAAGGGGCAGCUUCUUUGAUGAAUCCCCAAUCGCUCAUUCGUCAUAUGCAAAGCAACUACAUUCAAUGCGUUGCUUCAGGCGGUCAGCCUCCAAACUGCAAGUUCUUCUUUUAUGGUCAGAAACCUGGGGCUGCUGAUUUCUACCUUGUAGAGUGCACUGUGAACACAGCAUCACCGAAGGCCAAGCUCAAAAUUAAGGCCGACGAUGGGGCUACCGCUGAGGCCUUUUCUACUUUGUUUCAGUCAGUAUUGUCUGAAUUUGGGCUUUCUUGA